AACGCCAUUAGGUCGGGAACGAUUCCCUGUUUUCUCCGGAGGAGGGGCGGGACCGUUCCCGAUUUAAGCGGAGCCCUAUUGGCCGCAGAGGAGUCCUGGGGCGGCUACGGUCUCCUGACUGGGCAGGACCGGGAUGCUGUAUCUUGUGACUUCUGAUAAAGAUUCUCAGUAUCUUUGUAUUCUUAAAACUUUAAGGGGAUUUGUUUCAGUUCGUUUAUUCGCGAUACAGAGUUGAUGCCUUCAACGUGUAGGUGGUGAUAGUUUUGGGUCCUAUAUUUAGUGUUAGUUUAGGCUUAAAGGAUUUUCGAGCAUUAAAAUUUUGGAAUGCUAUCAAACACAAGGGCGGCCAGAGUACCAAAAUGCGCCCGGUGUAGAAACCACGGGAUGAUAUCGACCCUAAGGGGUCACAAGAAACAGUGCAUAUACAAAAAUUGCAACUGCGCCAAGUGCGGAUUGAUUAAGGAAAGGCAAAGGAUUAUGGCUGCACAGGUUGCACUUAAACGACAACAAGCGGCCGAAGAUGCUAUUGCCCUUCACCUAGCUUCAGCUGAAAGCGGUACCACAUACGAAUACCUGCCACCUGGCAGGAUAUUUGGUAUGCAAGUGACAUCUCCGGAAGCCGAAGGCACUGACGAUCCUACACCAAUUGAAAAAGAAGCUCAAGAUAGUAAGGAGGACGUUAACGUAAGCCCCGGUUCUAUUGAGAUGCUCGGAAAACUAUUCCCGAACAAGAAGAGGGCAGUAUUAGAGUUAGUUUUAAAGAGAUGUAACCAUGACCUCCUAAAAGCGAUCGAACACUUCAAUCUAAAACCUAAGCAGUGUGACAACGAAUCCGACUCAAGUAGCACUAAGGAAGAGUCUUUAUCAGCGUUCAAGCCGGUCUCAAGUCCUCCCAAGAGCCCCUCGAAGCCCCCAAGCUAUCUGGGGAUGCACGGGGCAACAGUUCCGAUGAUAUCCAGUGAGGUUUUCAGUUUUUACCCGUUUUUCCCUUUGUUCCCUAAACCGGUCAUAAGGAAUCCAGUGUACGUACCGGGGUUUUGUGAUUGUGAUCAGUGUAAGCAUAGUUUGUAUAGUUCUGUAGAUAAUAGACCGUAGGCUGUGUAAGUAUUUUUAUAUGAUAAUUUUAAGGACUUACCAAAGAAUGUAACUAAUAUGAAAAUAAAUGUGGAGUAGGUAUUACGGUUCAA